CUCCACAGAAUAUCAAAAGGAACUUGAAGAGCCUACAAAAAAAGACUUAGAGACCAAAUUCAAGGGGGGGAAAAGUCACACACAUAAUUGUGGUCACUUGGGGCCUGGGGCUGGCCCAGCUUCUUUCUCAAGAUUCAGUAGACAUUGGAGGUAGCAGUGAAGGAGAGAGUGGAAAUCAAUGUUAUUUGAGCAGGGUCAACAGGCCCCAGAGCUUUCUGAGUGCAUGAUGCAGAAGGCUGCUUACUAUGAAAACCCAGGACUCUUUGGAGGCUAUGGCUACAGCAAAGCUACUGACACUUAUGGCUACAGUGCCCCGCAUCAACCCUACCCACCACCUGCCAACUCCCUGGACACUGAUUACCCAGGUUCAGCCUGUUCCAUCCAGAACUCCACACCUCUUCGAGCUCCAGCCCACAAGGGAGCUGAUCUCAAUGGCAGCUGUAUGCGACCUGGCACUGGAAAUGGCCAGGGUGGGGGUGGUGGCAGUCAGCCUCCAGUUCUGAACUCAGAGCAACAGCCACCACAACCCCCUCCUCCACCGCCAACCCUGCCCCCAUCUUCACCUUCGAAUCCUGGAGGUGGGGUGCCUACAAAGAAGACUAAGGGUGGGCCCAAUGCUUCUGGUUCCUCAGCUACCAUCAGCAAACAGAUCUUCCCCUGGAUGAAAGAGUCUCGACAAAACUCCAAGCAGAAGAACAGCUGUACCACUGCAGGAGAGAGCUGCGAAGACAAGAGUCCGCCGGGCCCAGCCUCCAAGCGAGUGCGCACGGCAUAUACCAGCGCACAGCUAGUGGAGCUGGAGAAGGAAUUUCACUUCAACCGUUAUUUGUGCCGGCCCCGCCGCGUGGAGAUGGCCAACCUGCUGAACCUCACAGAGCGCCAGAUCAAGAUCUGGUUCCAGAACCGGCGCAUGAAAUACAAAAAGGACCAAAAGGCCAAGGGCAUCCUGCACUCGCCCGCCGGGCAGUCCCCGGAGCGCAGCCCGCCGCUCGGCGGCGCCGCGGGCCACGUGGCCUAUUCGGGCCAGCUGCCGCCGGUGCCCGGCCUGGCCUACGACGCGCCCUCGCCCCCGGCCUUCGCCAAGUCUCAGCCCAACAUGUACGGCCUGGCCGCCUACACGGCGCCGCUCAGCAGCUGCCUGCCGCAGCAGAAGCGUUACGCGGCGCCCGAGUUCGAGCCCCACCCCAUGGCGAGCAAUGGCGGUGGCUUUGGCAGCGCUAACCUGCAGGGCAGCCCGGUGUACGUGGGCGGCAACUUCGUCGACUCCAUGGCGCCCGCGUCCGGGCCCGUCUUCAACCUGGGCCACCUCUCGCACCCGUCCUCGGCCAGCGUGGACUACAGUUGCGCCGCGCAGAUCCCUGGCAACCACCACCACGGACCGUGCGACCCGCAUCCCACCUACACGGAUCUCUCGGCUCACCACUCGUCUCAGGGACGCCUGCCCGAGGCCCCCAAACUGACGCAUCUGUAGCGGUCGCCGCCUGUCUCGAACUAGGGGCACAGUUACCUCUCUUGGUGGUAAGGGUGGCGGGCGGGGCCCACGGGGAGGCACAGUGUCCCCCUUCCUGGCUCUGGCCUGGCUGCUGCCUCCUGGGUCUCAGGCCUGCAGCGUCGGAGCCGCGGGCGGUCAGGCCUCCCUUCCAGGCGUAUCCUCUUUUGGGUGACUCGCCAUUAAUCAGCCGCAAGGAUCCUCCUCUGUAAGCCUGACAGUGCCAUAUACUGCGAGCCGAGGGACUCCAGUCUGGUAAAUGGUGUCCCAAAGGUAAGUCUGAGACCCAUCGCCGGUGCGCCCGCAGAUGGGCCUGAGCCCGGAGCGCCCCGGGCCUGGCCCGCGUCUAGCUUAGAUUUGGAGACCUUAAUUUAUGUGCUCUUCCCGUCCCAUAAAGAUUGCAUCGGACUCAAUGAUCUGUAUUUAUUAUUUGAAGCGAGUCAUUUCGUUUCCCUGAUUAUUUAUCCUCGUCUUAAUGUAUUUAUGUGUAUAUUUGUAGAAUUCCUCCAGCUGAGCUUAGGAACGCGCUCCCAGGCCGCAGGGGCCACAUUUCACCUCUUUAGUCCCCUUGGUCUGAACUAGUUGAGAGAGUAGUUUUGAACAGUUGUAACCGUGGCUGGUGUUUGUAGUUGAUGUAAAAGGAUUAAGACCACGAAUUGCCCUUCAUGGGCUGAGUCAAGCAGCCCCGUGGCGUGCCACGCCACUUGUUUCUCAACAGCCGCAGCCUUUACCACUGGACACAGUUUAUUGAUUUCAAAUUGUCUGGUACUAUUUGAAGAAAUAUUUAGAAUAAAAAAUUUUUUCUCAGUCA